AUGGUGUUUCUCUCAAAGGUCUUCAAAAGCAAGGAUGCAAAAGCGGGCGCAAAGCACAAAGUACAACAAGUGAACUCCAGCCAAGGGCACAUGCCCCUAGCAAAGCCUAGAUUUGUGUCGACAUGGAACAGCAAAGAAAUCGAGCUGGACGAGGUUGAUGAGCUCAUACAAGUGUGCACUUUGAUUCUCAAAUCAAGAGNCCGAGGCACUGGACACGCCCUUCUUACUCCUGCCGUUCAGACCAGAAACCGACACCGUGCCAGCAAAGACGUUUAUCAACGACUUCUUCAAAAGCAACCGGGAUGGGAGCAGGAACUACACUGGCUCGAGCCUUCGCAGAGAGCUCGUUCUUACCGACCCGGCANNAUUCUGUGCAGCAUUCUCAAAUGGUGCUGGAGUCGCAUGCCUGGCGGUGUUGUAACCUGGCCAGUCUAUCAUGGUUUCUCUUUGGGCGAACGUGAUUCAAACAUGGCAAGAAACGCCUUCCAUACCUUUAUUCCCAUGAGUGUCGAUUCCAACGCCAGAAAAAACAUCAUUUACAACUUCUUCGAUCUCUUGACCGCCAUUGCCGCUCACGGCAAGACCAAUGGAUUUGGAGGCAGAAAACUAUCGCGUAUGGCUGGUUGGUGGGCAUUCGAGCACUCGGACGAUGGCAAAGGCUUUGAAGGCGGCUAUAAAUCAUGGGUGACCUCUGCGGAUGCUUCCAGUCAUCUCUUUNUUGGCUACCUCAGAUCUUUGAACCCCGAGGCUCUGGAUGGUUUCACAGGCAUCAACGGUCUACCAAGAUCUAUCCAGGCAUUGUUAGCUCAGACCGAGUACCCUCCGGAAGCGCCUAUGCUCAUGCAAAAACAAACGCCCAAAGUCGUCAUGCUUGUUGACGCCGUUUCUCCUGGUCCCUUUGCUUUGCUCCGCAGAGCCAACAACUUCGAAUACCGGGACGAAGAUCUGCAGAUGCUGUCAGAAUUCGCUGAUCCUGCUCAAGCAUUGACCGAAGAAUGCAGACGUGUUCUUCACUGCAUCACAUCUGCAAACCAGUCUAUCCCUGUGCGAUCUCAAAGUAACAUGAGUAUUGGUUUGGAGAGUCUCAACAAUAGGCCAGACGAAUCUUGGUCACACUUCCAGGACUUUGGUUUCUCUUCGAUCGGCGACGACUCUAAUGAUCUUACAAGUAGCUCAUCUUCACCAAGCCUGGAGCCAAGAUUGUCGGGACUCAGGUCUGCACCCCGAUCCCGCGCCGAUAAUGGCGGUCGUCCAACGACACCCUCAUGGGCCGAUUUCCUGAAUUCUGGAUUCAUCGAUGAAGGCAACAACGUAAAAUCAGCUCCUAUAAGGAUGUUGAUGCCACCAGACAAGAUGCUUCCUCCAAUCAACAGUGGACUCCCAAGAUCAUCCAGUGGCUAUCAAGAAGGGGAUGUCAAUCCAGGCGAACUAGCUAGUAUCACAAAGUUCGAUCUUGAUGACUGCUUCUGGUGGGUCUGGAUGACCAGUCUUGCUAGCGAAGAACCUCCCGCAAGAAAGGCGGUAUUUGGUCGAUGUGCCCUUAUUGAGACUGGCAUACUUCACGGCCGCUGGAUCCUGCUGGAGGAACAGAUCAAGAGCGCUGCUCCUGAACCGGGUGAAGGCGCAUAUAUCGCUGAGAAGAAAUCACGCUUUGGUUUCAGUCGUAGGGGAAAACAGAGCCGUAGAAAAUCAGCCACUCUACCGCCAAACAGAUAUGACAGUCCUCAAUCAGAGCAACAAGCUACGCCAACAACACCAAACAUAUCCAGUAUCUCUCCGGACCAGCAAGCAAGAAUCAGGGCUGCAGCAGCCACUCUUGCUCGACAGCAUGUCAAAGCAGACGAAAUGCCAAACGGACAGCGACGAGGACGACACGAUGAUGCUUCUUCAAUGAAGACCAACAGCGUUUUGACAUUGGGUUUAACGAGUGAAGCGGCACCAGCUAUGAAGUGGGCCCAUACAUUCGACAAGGAAGUGGUGCGCAAGCAGUACCUGGGCGAUAACUUCGCUGGCAAGGGAACGCCUGUAGACAUGCAUGUCCCUGAUGAUGCUUCUGUACUCGCCGAAAUGCAAGGAUCCAACAAGCCUUUGCCUUCUUCUGAUGCUCGGAAACGAUCAGUCUCUGUCUCAGAACACGAAGUAUCUGCAGUUCCAGAUCAACGAAACGCAAGCGUAGAAGAUCUCCCCGUAGCUCAUUCGCCAUCUGCCAGCGCCGAACCCCUCUCACUCAGUGCUUCCAUCAUCUCUGAACGACCGGUCGUACACAACGCUACAGAGGUGCCGACUGUGUCCUCUGUACCCAAAGAGACCCAGGUAGGAAGGAAGCCAGUCCCGGAGCGUACCAACAAUGUCCACAAUCAUCCCGCAUUUAGGCCCUCUUUGGAAGGAAAGAGACCUAAAAACUCGGAGACUUCGGCAGUCAAGGCUGCAAGAGAAGCAUGGGAAGCGAAGGCCGCUAACUUCAGUCCUGAUAAGAUGGCUCACGAGCACAACAAACGUCCCAAUGGUUUCAAGCGGAUGUUCAGCAAGAGUCAGAAGAGCGACGACGGCAAAGGUCAGCAGCAAUCAGCUUCCAUGACUAGCCUCGCUCCACCUUCUGAAACGAAUCUUGGAAGGAAGUUGUCUCUGCUUCGCAAGAAAUCUACUACCCCGACUCCCCCAACACAGCCUACGAUGCCAACCAGCGAACCACUGUUUCCUCGCCGUGCAGUAGCAAACAACCUGGCAGCGCCUGUCUCGGAGCCAAGUCCUCCAGAAGUCAGCCCAUUGGAGCCAGGAUUUUCUCAGCAACAUCUCGGAACUGAUGACCACAUGGUCUCCNCUAUGUACCCCGAGCACAGAAGCAAUGCCGACGAAGAAUACAAGCGUUUUGACCAAGGACCUCUUUCGGACGCCCCUGCCUGGACACCUCGCGAGUCUAUCGAUUCACAUCUGCAAGCACAAGCAGAGGCUGCUCACAAAGCAGACCUGGAGGCGGGACAUCUAAAUGCACCUGGUGGAUUCCCUGAGACUCCCAUGGAAACUCCGAUGGAACAGGGCUCCGGUCGCCAACUCGAGACUGAGCCGGUCUACGAUACUGCCCAGCCAGUUGCAAACAAUCUCGAUAGAUGGGCACAGAUCCGAAAGAACGCUGCUGAGCGCGCAAACAGAGUGAGUGAGGACCAGAUCUCUCGCCGUCCAUCUCACAUCACCACUGGCACCGAAGAUGAAGGCGAUACCAGUGGCGAAGAGACUAUCGAGGAUCGAGUCGCUCGCAUCAAAGCUCGUGUUGCUCAUCUUACUGGUAACCUGGAGAGGGCACCUACAAGCACGCCACGCUACUAA